UUACCUUAAAAUCAGGAAAAACAACUAUUUGAUUGUUCUUGGGAAAAUCAAAUGAUAUUACCCCUAGAAGUGACCAGAAUUCAUCAAAUGAAAAUCAAAUGAUAUUACCCCGAGAAGUGACCAGAAUUCAUCAAAUGAUAUUACCCCGAGAAGUGACCAGAAUUCAUCAAAUGAAAAUCAAAUGAUAUUACCCCGAGAAGUGACCAGAAUUCAUCAAAUGAAAAUCAAAUGAUAUUACCAGGAGAAGUGACCAGAAUUCGUCAAAUGAAAAUCAAAUGAUAUUACCCCGAGAAGUGACCAGAAUACAUCAAAUGACAAUCAAAUAAUAUUACCCCGAGAAGCGACCAUAGAAUUCAUCCGUGGAGAACCUGUGCAAUAACUCUAUAGGCAUUAUUGUCAAAAGUUCUUAAAAUUGCACUUCGUUGUAAUAAUGGGGAUUAUUUUCUCCUGUUAAAAUACUGCAUGAAUUAUUAAUGAAUAAACGGAGAUAUACAUUUUAAAGGUUUUUUAGACUUUCCAAAUUCAGCAUCAUUAUAUAAAAUUUUGAUCAAUAUACUAGAUUUCAAGCAUACAUAUAUUUGCAAAACGCAGACUACAAGACACAGACUGUAAGAAAUGAAGACAAGUGGCAUGGUUUGGUUUAUUUUUAUGUAAAUCAAACCGUGGUUAUAUGGCAAUUGAAAUACAUGCAGCUCGUCGGUUGGGGAUCCUUCCUGCGAUAAAAAAGGCCUUCUGGAAUAUUCUUCUGUCUUUAUUCGACGAAGCAAGCAUUGUUAAGUAAAUAAAGCCAGUUUUUCAAGGCUAGAAAUCUUAGGUGGAAUACGGAAUAUCGGUAACUAAGCGACUCGAACAACGAGAAAACUUGCAACUUUAUGCAGAUGUGAUUUUUUUUUUGGCAAACUUUAUGUUUACAAUAGAAAGCCGUACGCCUGAUUGCAGAUAGCGGAAAUGUUUUAAUUUAAUGUUACGAUAAUUUAAUGUUACGGUUAAUGUGGUGACGAGUUAUCGUUAAAAGAACCUUAAUUAGCUGCACAACAAGUUCUCACCAAAACGGCAAGUUUCAAUACAAGGAUUGUUAUUAUUUUUAUCAACCAUAGAAGUAUUUUUAGGCUGAAUUGCGUUUAAAUGGAGCCAGUAUUAAGAGAGUGGCUUUCAAACUGUUGCUCGCUACCAAAAGAGAUCAAAGCGAAACUUGAACAGAUGAUUGACGCGAGAAAGGAGCCCAAAAUCCGCUGGGAGAAGAGACUUGGAUCAGUGAUAGAUCUGAACGACCCAGCGCUGACAAAACUUGAAGAGGAGUUCGAGAAUCCGAAAGCUGAGCCCGACCUUGAAAAGCUUGCAGCUCUCCAGGAGAGAAUUCUAAAAGUUUUGAGCCAGGUAAAGGCUAUUCCGGCAGAGGUAAAGGAUAAAAUCGAGACAAAGUUUAAACGCCAUAAUAAUGAAAUCGAAUACUGCGAGUCAUUGGAGAGUGUUUAUUACAAUGGCGAAGAUUACGAGUCAAGCUAUGACAUUAUCGAGUUAAGAGAAUUUAUUUUUUUGAUCGGAGGAUCCGAGGAUGGACAAGGAAACGAACCUGUUAAUACAGUCCAAGCCUAUGAUUGCACAAACAAGACCUGGGAAACGCUCCCACCGCUACCUGCGAGAACAACCGCCUGCUCUGCUGCAACAAUCACUGGGAUUCCGGCGAUUGUUGUUCUCGGAGGUUACGGUGGAUGGAAAGCACUUAACACCGUACAAGUGUUUGAUUUCGUAACUAGACGGUGGAGCGUUAUUCAGUACAUGCGCAAGCGGCGUUGGGGGGCAUUCGCGAUGGGUACGGAGCACGGGGUCGUGGUUGCCGGAGGGUGUGAUCAGGGUAGUGUCUUGAGAAGUGCGGAGCUGUACAGCGUGCGCCGUAAAACAUGGUACACCCUCCCAUCCAUGAAAACGCCAAGGUGCAACUUCGCAGGGGCGCUCAUAGGACGCAAACUGAUCGUGGCGGGGGGAGGGGAUGGGUUCUACUUUAACAGCGCUUUGAGAUCUGUGGAGAUCUUCGACGGGGAUAAAGGGGAGUGGAGGAAUCUCCCCCACAUGAAGUAUAGGAGGUAUGGCUGUACUGCUGUGACGAGAGACAGACUCUUCAUCGUCCUUGGUGGGUGUGACGAGGAGGGUAAAGAUGUCGUCGAGGUGGAGGUGUUUAACGAACAAAUGCGUGAAUGGUCCGAGAUUCCGCCUAUUCCGGCAUCUGGCUCUCUGUGUCGGGCGACAAUAGUGGACAACAAACUGCUAGUGAUCAACGCUGACAGCUCUGUACAUAAGGCGUUCACAUAUGACUUUGAGUUACAAAGGUGGGACGAAUACAUGGAUUUACCAAAAGGGCGAAACGCCUUUGCUAUAGCAACCAUCGGCGUGUAGAAUACCAGAAUACCAUACGCAUAGCAGGCGUGUAUUUAUGUUCUGGGGCAUACUGCUCUUAAAGGGAUUAGAAGAGUUAAAAUUAGUUUUGAUUCGUAUAUUUAAUAGCCAGUAGUCAUGAGAUUAAGAAAACUGGGAAGGGGCACAGUCACACCCUACUGGUGUUUAAUUUUAGAAAAAAAAAACAAAUGAAGGGGGCCCCCUGUAAACGUUAUGGAGAGCUUUAAAAUGAUUAAUCAAACCGGGAUUUGGCACAAUUUACAGAACAAGGCAAAUGUAAAAAAAUCUUUUUUAUAAAUGUUAAUCUUUUGUCUCUUUAUUAUUAGUAAUCUGUUGAAUAUCUUUACUAUUAUAAGCGUUAGAAACAAAAAAUGUUUUCUGAUGAUGGGGAAGAUCAAAGGAAUCAAAAUCGUCGCCGAGAAAGCAUAUAAUUUAUGCCUGGAAUAGGAUAUGCUUUGGAAGCUUAUUCAAUUACUUGAUUUUUGGUCUUCUGAGAUGUGUCUGAUAAUACAAAUGAAGAUCUAGAUUGGUUUGCUUACGUUGAGAAAGGCUAGCAAAUACGUAUGGAGACGAGAAACAGAUCGUUUCGCUAUGGAACUAAAAUUCCUUUAACGGCAUGAGAAUUAUGAAGAAGCCGCCAUGUUAGCUAGUGCUAUCUUCAAGAACUUGGUUCUGGGACUUUUGUAAUGUGUCAUCAUAAUUUGUUCGCCUGAGAAAGAAAUGCAAACACGUGAAACGUGUUCCACAGCUAGACAUCGAAGCUGAACUUAAUGUUGAAGAAUUUGCAAACGAAGGUACUGUGUGUUGGAUUUGAUUCAAUGAGAUAUUUAAUUUUUGAAAAUUAUGAGCUAAGCUGUUGAAGAAUGUUGUAGAAAUACUUACAGUGAUUACAAAUAUCUCAAAUAAUUGUGUUUUUGUUUUCAACGAUUAAUAUAAUGGAUCCUGCGAAAAAAAAAUUUUUUUUUUGUAAAAUACCUUAUUACAAUAAAUUUUCGCGACGUCAAAAUUUUGCGAUUUUGAAAUUCGGGACACUUUUUUUCGCACUUUUUUCUAUGUUUGUAAAAAAAAUAAAUCACUAUAUUUUUGCGAUUUCGCGAUUUGGGAUACUAAAAUCAACCGCGGUGAUCCUGGUUCCUAAAACUUCUUGGUUCCUAGUCAGUUCCUAGUCAGUUCCUAAUCAGUUCCUAAUGGUUAAGGGGGAGGGGAGGUUAUUUUUAAUAACAAAAAAAAAAUAGAAAUUACCUAUUUUCUGUAUACAAUUGAAAUGUACGGCUGGAAAUACGCCAACAUUAUUUUUUUACAUCGAUUUUUGCGCUAUUUAGCGGAUAAAUGCUAAAUUUCUAUUUGAGUCAUUACUAAGUGCAAAACAUUCAUAGAUAGAAGGAAGGAACAAGGAAAGGUCAACUAACGCUUAGUCCGGUCACGCUCGUAAGCGCCUGGGUACGAGGCAGGGAACUGAUUAGGAACUGACUUAGGAACUGAUUAGGAACUGAUUAGGAACUGACUUAGGAACUGACUAGGAACUGACUAGGAACUGAUUAGGAACUGACUUAGGAACUGACUAGGAACUGACUAGGAACUGAGGACUUUGGAACUAGGAUCAACGCGGUCUAAAAUCAAGCCAAACAAGUGGAAUUAAAAUGUGCUGUAAUCAUCAAAACUGAAACAAUUUGUAACAAAAAAGGAUGCGUGUGUUAAAUUUAGUUUCAUAAAAAUCUAUAAAUACAAGUCCAACUUAACCCCUAACCGUACUAAAUGCAAAUUAGACCAAGUUCAAACGUAUCAUCCAUGAUCCGUAUUCAAUGCAAAUGCAUGGAAAUGAAGAUAAGACAAUUGACUUGAUUCAUUUGCAUGCAUUUGCAUUGAAUACGGCUCAUGGAUAACACUACGUUUAAACAUAGCAGAUGACUAAUUAGCCAAGCUAUUAAGCCCCGUGCAAACUGCGCCAGCACCUGCCAUCAUUGCUGGCGAAUUUUCACUUGACUGACUAUAGGACAAAGGAAAUGUCAAAAUGGGAAAUGGCCUUUCUGACAUUUCCUUUGUCUGGUGGUCAGUCGAGCAAGAAUUCGCUAGCAAUGCUGGCAGGUGCUUGCGCAGUUUGCACGGGGCUUUACCAUAAAUCUUAUUAAACGGACAAUAUUAACCCAAAACUUCUUAUGUACUCACUUAAUUUUCGCGACACUUAAUUUUAGCGAAUCUUUUUAAAUCGCAAAAUUCGCGAAAAUAUAGUGACGCGAAAAUUAACUGUAAUAAGGUAAGCUCUACUGUAAGGAACAUAUCGUCACAAGGUGACGGGUCCUGUUCUGGUAAACAUUAUAAGCGUAGAACAUUAAAACGGGUCCUGUUCUGGUAAACAUUAUAAGCGUAGAACAUUAAAACGGGUCCUGUUCUGGUAAACAUCAAAAGCGUAGAACAAUCAAACGUUCAAAAAAAAAAAAAAAAUUAAAACACAUCGUUUUUGUAUUGCCUUUACUCAGAUACAAUAAAACCCGCCAACUCGUA